GACAUUUGGUUCACGAACAAAACAAUCGAUACCGAUAAAUUCCAUUUUGUGAUUUGGUUAUUUGUAUUAUUAUAAGAAUAAUAGAAGAGAUGUUUAUAAUUGUAUUGUGCCUGAAGUACAUAUUAACAAUAUACACAUAGAAGUAUACAAAUAUCAAGUACAAAUAACUUCGAAUAAUAUUUUUACUUACAGUAUUUUAGUUUGCGUUAGAGGCGUAUUCAUUCUCAUUACAUCUUUAACUAGUGAUUAAAGUGCCAUUACUUAGGUGUUUAAAUUAACUUAUCACCUUAGAAAUGGAAGUAACCGAUCUUCCCGUAGAAGUUGUCGUGAUUAUUAUUAAAAAAUUAGAUUUCAAGUCAGUUUAUAGCUUAUAUCAAACAUGCCCUUAUUUUAGUAAUAUUAUUUGUAUGUACAAUGUUGUGAAAAUUGCUGAUUUAUCUCCUAGUGCAAUGGAGUCGGUGCAUUUUUUAAAAGAUAAUUUUAUGAAGGCCAUAUCGAGAGAUUUGCAGAUUCUGGACCUACGCGGCAUCGGCGGACUCAGCAGGUCGGCGCUGCUGGCCGCUGUCAGGCGCAUGAAAUGCUUGAACACUCUUGAUGUAUCUUACACAGAUAUUACUCUAUUUGAUUUCUUUGAAGCAUAUAAAUUGUGUCCCACCAUAAAGAAUGUUGCUUGUAAUUUUGUGUUUGGAGAAGAAAAUGAUGUAAAAGCCCACAUUAUUCAACAUCAACAUGUUUUCCAAAACUUUGACAAAGUCCAUUUUAUUGGUAAUGCAGCAAAUCUAUUAUAUUCAAAUUUACCCAUGUUGAUGGUGCACAAAGCUCACCUGAGUCAGUUUGUGCUUACCGUUGUCGACAACGGCGGCACCAUGUACAACUCGGUGAAAGAAGUGGACGGCACCAAUGUUAAAGUGCAUUCCAAAUUUAUAAACAUUAGCGUUUUAAAUCAAUGGAAAGUUCCCACUCUCAGUGCAACAUCAUUUAAUCUGACUAACAUAAAGCAUAUGGAGGAUAAAUAUGAAUUUGUUUUAAUUACUGAAAUACUAGACGAAAGGAAAGUUUAUGUGUCACCAAUGAUGCUAAAGUUUUUUGAAUCAUAUGAUCCAAAUUGCAUCAAUCCAAUAAGUACUUUCAAAUAUUCCAAGAAUGGUGUGAUUAUGCUCUGGGACAGGACACAAACUGAAUUUGAUGAUGUAUUCCGUCAAAAACUAAAAACUAAAAUGCUUAAUUUCUUCCCACCCAACAUUGUGGAUGACACUACUGUUGCCGCACAGGAAUGUGAUACAUUUUGCAUCAGUAUUCCCCAGAGUGAGACACAGCCUGUUCUUUACAAAGAUGCAACAUACUUUAAGAAGCAAAGACAGGCACCUCAGUCUCAAACUCUUGAUUACGAUAAUGUCUUCAGAAACCAUAAGAGAGUACACUUAACUAUGUCCUUUCCAACAAGCCUCAACUGCCCCGUCACUCUCUCUCCCAGCAGCCAGUACUUAAGAAAGUUAAGAUCUCUUUGUUUAACUGGAAAUGUGAAAUAUUCUAAAGAAUUCUUCAAUGUUUUGUUCAGUUGUUGUGAGCAGUUGGAGACAUUGAAUGUAGAACUUUCACGUUUUUCACCAAACGCAUCCUUUGUGGCCCGAAACAUACCUCUAAGUCGGAGUUUAAAGAAUUUGAGAUUAGUCGAUAAAGACAUUGAUUUGGGCGUAGUGUUUUCAUGGUGUAGUCAAUGUAGUACUCUAGAGAAUAUUCACUUACUGGAUUUAUCAGAGGAAUACACACAUCCCUUCAGGAACCCGAGCACUAUGAUUCAGAGGUGUCCCAAUCUGUACUGCAUUAAUAUCAGUGGCCCCAUGACUAAUGACACUAAAACGAUAGCAACCAGAUUAUUACAAAAAUUGAAAACUGAGUAUCGCAGGUCGAACUUGCACUUUGAGCUCAACAAAGGCUACCCCAUCGUCCGCUACAACUACGACCCCUAUUGCCACAUGUUUAAUAUACAUACAAUCAAACCAAUAGAACUGCUGUAUUAGUGUCUAAGAAUAAUAUAUCUGUAUGCAAAUA